AUGUCAAAGGCAGCUCAAGCAAAGUUGAAAGAGAAAGAAAAGGCUAAGGCCAAAAAGAAGGCCAAAAAGGAUGACGAUGACGACGCAUAUACCGCGCUUUCCAAGAACCUUUGGACCAGCGGUAGUAAGCCACCUGUUGGAAGCUUUGAGACCUGUGCAGAGUGCGAAAAACAGUUUACUGUCACUAGGUAUACAAUAGCUGCGAAUCCAGGGCCAGGAUAUUUGUGCCAUUCAUGUGCCAAGUCAGGUGGUAAUGAUCCGUUUAAGAAACCUGCAGCGCCUAGGAAGCGCAAGGUCCCUGGCGACAAGCGGGAAGUAGUCAACUUUGAAAAGAUUUUCCCAACUUUGGCCAACAUAUGCAUUGAGAUUAUUACACGCCAUAUCGAUGACGUUGAAGCUCUUGGAAAUAUCGGUACUAUCAACAUGGAUGAGAUUUCAAAAGCCCUCUCGAAAAAUAGGGGUUUGACACCCCAGAAUGCACCCCUCUUCUAUGAUAUCCAGAAUACGACGCUGAAUAUAUACGAUGCGACCAGUCUUACUCCGCCGGCUUUGCAAACUCUGGCCCAUUUAAACCCCAACCUGACCAGCCUUCGACUCGACUUCUGCGGGCGCAUCGACAAUGAGGUUAUUGCUGAUUGGUGCAAAUCCCUCCCCGCACUUACGCAUCUUGAGCUAUUCGGUCCUUUCCUUGUGCGCGCUCCGAUGUGGCAAACCUUCUUUAAAUCACACCCAAACCUCCAGUCUUUCCUCAUCACACAGAGUCCUCGUUUUGACGAUUCGUGUGCCCGAUCUAUGGCAGAAAACUGCAAGAGCCUCCGAGAACUCCGUCUGAAAGAAGUCGGAAAACUUUGCGACGAGUUUACCGAGCCGCUGAAGGCACUUCCAGGCCUCAAACUACUUGACUUAUCCGACCCCUCAGUAUCGAUGAGCGAGGCCAGUCUCAUCGAUUUAAUGGCCGUCCACGGUCCUACGCUGACGCAUCUUAACCUAUCGGGACACAAAGACAUCACAGACGCAUUCCUCGUUGAGGGAAUCAAACCCCAUGCCCGCUCCUUGACCUCACUUACCCUCUCGAACGUUCCCUUGCUCACUGAUGUUGGCGUUGCCGGAUUUUUCAAUACUUGGGCCGACAUCGAUGCAGAUAUGGACGGGCAGGUCACCACUCCCAACCCACCCCUUGUGGCAAUAUGCCUUUCACGUAACACAGAACUCUCAAGUGAAGCCCUCACCGCCAUGCUAUCGCACUCUGGGCGCGCGCUAACUCACCUGAAUAUCAAUGGCUGGAAGUCCGUAUCCAGCGAGGCUUUGGCCAUGUUAUCUCAAGCAAAGGAUCUCAAGGAGCUAGAUGUCGGAUGGUGCAGGGAAGUAGACGAUUUUGUGAUGAAGGAUUUAGUAGAGGGGUGUAAUCACCUUAAAGAAGUGAAAUGCUGGGGAUGCAAUCGAGUGACUGGGAAUUCUUUGAAGAGGAGCGCCAUCACCGUGUAUGGCAUCGAAGCUCAGUCCAUGUGA